GCAACAGUCUAAGGAAAGGGACCAACCAUCCGUUCCUGCAUUUCAUCCAAGAAGAUGGCAGACAAUGCUGCGGAGGCCAAGCAGACACCUCAAGGCGAGGUGAAACCGGAUGAGGGGCAGAGCCGGGCCGCGGAGAAGAGCGGGAAGAAGGCGGAGCUGAAGCCCGACGAGGCGAAGAAGCUCGUCGAGUUCAUGGAGAAGAAGUACGAGGAUCACGUGGCGAAGGUGGACUCCUUCGAGGACUUCUACCACGCCAUCUACGAGCUCAUCCAGAUGUUCUGCGAGGAGCGCGGGCAGGUGCAGUACAGGAUCCCGGCCAAGGCGAAGCUGCAGGAGGUGUACGCGAGGCACCACAAGGCGGGGAGCGGGGAGGUGAAGCGGGAGGAGUUCGCGCGGAUGAGCGGGGAGCUGGUGCGGCGGGACAGCUUCAGCUUCGGCAAGGCGACGACGGAGCUGCUCAUGUUCCUGUUCGGCGUGCCCGUGUGCGCGCUGGUGGCCAAGCGGGUGCUGCCGGGGCUGGGGUGGGUGUCGGACGACACCGUCAUCCCGCUCGCCACCUCCGGCGCCGUCGCGUACCUCGUCCACUCCAAGAAGCUCUGAUCGAUGGUAUCGUCUCAACCAAGGGCGUGUAUGCAUGGAUGGAUAUACGUGCGGUCAAAAAUAAUGCGAUCCGAUGGCUCAAAUGUUGAAGUGA